CAUACAGACGAAAACUGUGGAUGUCUUUAAAUCUUUUGUGUACAGGAUUCCUGCUCUUUUCUACAACAGAAACAGUGAAACUCUUCUAGCUUUUGCUAGGAACUCAGGAAGCUUCUGCUCUUCCUGCUGUUGUUACAUAACGUGUAUGUGUUCGUGUACGUGCUCUGCUCCGAAUGCUCUUGCCCUGUACAGCGAUGAUAGGGGCAGCACAUGGAAAUUAGGCAAAAUGUUUCAAACACAAUCAGGGGAAUGUCAAAUGGCAGAGAUUUUUGAUGGAGACAAAAGCUCCAUCUACUGCAAUGCUCGUAGUCGGGGAUGCUGUCGAGUGGAAGCUGUCAGUGAAAAUGGUGGAGCUGAUUUUCACACAUUGAGCAAUGCUACAAAGCUUGUUGAAACUGAUUCAGGUUGUCAGGGAAGUGUGGUCUCAUUUCCAGCUCAAGAUGAAGGUGCAGAUAUAGAGGGUGACCCAAAGUGGCUGAUCUACACUCACCCAAGCAAUCAGUGCAAAAGGACUGAUUUAGGAGUGUAUGUGAACAAAUCCCCAAAGGAUCCAAGUAAGUGGAGCAAACCCUGGAUCAUUAACAUUGGACCCAGUGGUUACUCAGACCUGGCUUACAUUGGUAAUGGUUGGUUUGCAUGUCUGAUGGAGCGUGGGGUGAAGAAAGAAACAGAGCAGAUAGCCUCUGUGGUUUUUAGCUACAAUGACAUCAAGCAAUCCACUACAAUGCAAUGUAUAAUGUCAUGUCAGUGUUUUAAAUGUCCAUAAAUGACAUGACAAUCAAAGUUAUGCUUGGAUGCUCUAUACUUUGGUAUGGUUUAACAGCCAUUUACAAAUACAGUUAACUUUAAGUUGCUUACAUUUUCAAUUUGUUUUGAUUUCAGCUCUAACAACCAUGACACUUAUGUAUAAUACUGCGCUGACAUUUUACUGUACUUCUCAAAUGUGUAUUUACAAAGAUGCUAUAUUUAC